AUGUCGGUUUCAAGUGGCUCGAAAGUGGUAUCGGCGAUUGUGGCCAGUCACGGCGUAUCGAGCAGAGCCCUCACCGCGGGUAAGAAGCUCUGCAGUAUCCGUCCCUACCCGCUGCACAUUACCCAGGAUAGUUACCAUGUGCAGCUGAGCGGUGGCGUUGGUACUAUUGCUGCUUUGAAUCUCGAGAUUGGAGGUCUGGCUCAGGUCACGUCUGUCUUGCGGUCUAAUUAUGCGGCAGUGAGUCUCCUGGGAUUUACAAUCAAGUCUUGUGAACACGGAGAAAUCCAGAAUUGGCGGCCAUCUGAAAUCCUCAAUAAUGUUCCCAGCGUUGCGGACUCGGUCACUGUCCGACCCUUUGACUACGUCGUGUGCUGCACAAAAAAUGUUCCCGAUGCCUCGCCCACUGUGUGUGAAAUUAUCGCUCCUGCAAUCUCGCCCGGUCACACGGUAAUCGUCCUUGUACAAAAUGGCUUAAAUAUUGAGAAACCCUUCCUCCGCAGAUUCCCAUCUAAUAUCAUACUGUCCGGUGUCAGUCGCAUAGAUGCUCAUGAGGUCGCCCCCGGUAUUAUAGAACAGAGACAGAAGGACAUCCUGUAUGUUGGGGCGUUUGAAAACUGCCUCAUACCUUACGAAGAGCAGCAAAAGGCAGCUCAACACUUCGCCAAAAUCUACAGUGCGGGGUUGAAGACAAACUGUUCCUACAAACCGAACGUGCGUUAUGAUCGUUGGGUUAAGUUGGUCAACAAUGCCUCGUUCAACCCAAUUUGUGCCCUGACGGGUUUAACGACGGGCGAGUUGCAGCGGACAUCUGGGGCCGUUGACAAGUUGCUUAUUCCCGCGAUGAAAGAGAUCAUAUCUGUGGCCGAAGCAGAUGGUUACUCGCUUCCAGGAGUUAUAAUAAAGGAGACCAUUCAGAGUAACCCACCAGAGGAGGAUAUAUCCCCUAGCAUGUUGGUGGACAUACAAAAAGGCAAUUUCAUCGAGCACGAAAAUAUUCUGGGGGAAGUCAUUCGCGAGGCCAGAAAGGGCGAGGGGGUAACAACACCUAUUCUAUCCACCUUGUACGAGUUAUGCUGCAUGGUUCAAUGGAGGACCAAGAAGGAAAUGGGCCGGCUUGAGCCUGGAAUGUGA